AUGGAUGAGGGAGCGUGGAUGUCUUGUAUGGUGCUGACGAUGGCUAUCAAAACCAUGACGGGCUUCCUGUUUCUCUUCUCCGUGCUGUCUUCCGAUUACCUCAAGGAUCCUAGUCCCACGCGCAACGACCGGUGCCAGGCGCUGACGUUCAAACCCUCACCGAAUGUCGAACCUUACAUUUAUUCGUUGUCUGGAUGA